CGGGGAGUGCGGGGGGAGCGGGGCUGGGGGCGGCACCAGUUUCGUGAGCAGCUGGCGGCGUGGCUCAGGCGCUGCCUGCCUGGGCUGCGGGGCUCUCGGCUCCUCCCUCCGAUGCCCCAGCCGCGGCCGGGCUCUGUCAGCUCCCGGGAGAUCCUGUUUGCUCUGGGCGGCCUCAGCACAUCCGAGCCUCCGGCCCCGGGGCCCUCCCGUCGGGAUUAGGGAGGGACAAAGGGACGGAGUGAGCCGGACCCCGACUCUUCACAGGUUCCUAGGUGGUAUUCCAGCUUUAGAAUUAAGAAGGUCCUCCCACACUGAGCAUUCAUUUCAGGGGACUCACUUUGAAUGCACUUGAUGCUGAAAUAAUGGAGUUGAGCUCCCGUGAAGUGCCUCUUUAUGGGCAGGUGAUGGUAUAUGCAAAGUUUGAUGAAAAUGUUUAUCUCCCUAAAGAUGCUGAAUUUUAUUUCAUUUAUAAUGGAUCUCAUCAAAGACAUGUGACAUUUGCCCAACGCAUUGGAGAUAAUAUUCUCCAGUCUAACAUCCCAGGCCAUGGAUUUGAAGAAACCGUGUCGGUGUCCACAUGUCUGUACUCGGAAGGUUAUUCCCCAGUAACCAUGGGCUGUUGUUCUAUUAUGUACAUGGACAAUGUGGCUUGCAGACUCUCCCGUUGUCUUGUUAGCCAAGUUGGCGCUUUCACUUGUAGCAGUCAUCAGACUCUACUUGAUCAAUUUGGUCUCAAAGUGAAAGAGCUUCAUGCUUUGGAUGAAGACCUUGUAUUGGCUAUGGCUCACUUGGAGUUGCCACUUGGUUGGAAUGUCUUGGGAAAUUCUUCAGAAGAAGUUAUUGCACAUAAGGAGUCUCUUCUUCACAUCGCGAUGAGAUGGGAUUUGGUUAAAUUUUCACAGUUCCUCUUAUGUCUCCCGGGGGGAAGACAGGCCCUAGCUUUGAGUAAUGAAGAGGGAGAUAUGCCAUUAGACUUGGCUUUGAAACUUGGGCACUGCAGAUUGGUAGAAAUCAUCAACAAUUUUCAGGGCAGUCAUUCGACGGACCUCUCCAGAGUGCAGAUCAAUGAACAUGCCCUCUUACGAUUUGUUCAUUCAUCAGAAACAGUGACCCUGACAUUGAAUCACACUGCAGAACAUUUACUGGAGACCGACAUUAAGCUCUUCAGGAAGUACUUUUUGGAUAGAGCCCUUCUGCACAAGACUCUUAAUAGAAAAGAAGUCAAGAUGGAGAAACAAUUACCAGUACCCUCCAGUGUAACGGCGACUGAAGCAGAGCCUGAGGAUCUGGUGUCCGGCAAAUCACCACCUGAAAGAGAAGAUGUGAAGUGCUUAACAGAUCCUGUGGUUCAGCCAACUGAAAAUGAAGACCUCGACUUUGGUAAGACCAAGAGAAAAAUAUCCUCUGAACAGGAAGGAUUUUUUUUUUUUAAUAAAGGGAAGCUUGUAGAAAAUAAUUGGAAGAAAAACUCCAAGUGAAACAGCCAUGUAAUGAAAAAGACCAUGUAGUAAUGGUAGUAGAAAUAAUGAUAAUGAUAAACAAAUCACUUUGUAAAUAAGAGAUUUGCAGCUUCAAUGCAAUCUUUAUUAUACUAUGAUAUGGACAUGCUUUAAAAAUUCAACAAAAUAAUAAACAGUUCACAUUUCUAUA